ACAGAUUGUCUGCAGAAGUGCAAAACCUAUAGAAAUGGCAGUGAAGGAAAAGAUUUCCAUGUUUUGCCAUGUGGAACCUGAGCAGGUGAUAUUUAUCCAUGAUGUUUCUUCCACUUAUCGUGUACCAAUCCUGUUGGAGCAGCAAGGCAUCAUUAAGUAUUUUAAACAGAGGUUAAAUUUACCUAUUGCUGACCAGCCAAGUGAUCUUCUAAUGAAAUGGAAGAAAAUGGCUGACAGGUACGAAAGGUUGCUGAAGGUGUGUUCCAUAGCUCUCGUUGGCAAGUACACAAAACUAAGUGAUUGCUAUGCAUCUGUUUUCAAGGCUCUGGAACACUCUGCUCUGGCAAUUAAUCACAAACUGGACUUAAUGUACAUAGAUUCAACUGAACUUGAACGUUCUACAGAGGCAGAGAACUCGGUGAAGUAUCACCAGGCAUGGCACAAACUGUGCAAAGCAGAUGGCAUUCUGGUCCCAGGAGGGUUUGGAAUUAGGGGAACAGAAGGCAAACUCCAAGCUAUUUCCUGGGCAAGAACAAAGAAAAAACCUUUUCUUGGAGUUUGCCUGGGAAUGCAGUUAGCAGUUGUGGAAUUUGCAAGAAACUGUUUGAAUUGGAAAGAUGCAAAUUCUACAGAAUUUGACCCAGACACAAAAAACCCUGUUGUUAUUGACAUGCCAGAACACAAUCCUGGAGAUAUGGGUGGAACAAUGAGACUGGGGAAGAGAAGGACUGUUUUCAAAACACAAAAUUCUGUUUUAAGGAAACUUUAUGGUGAUGAAACUUUUGUAGAAGAACGACACAGGCAUCGAUAUGAGGUGAACCCAGAAUUGACUGACUGCUUUGAAGAGAAAGGUUUGAAAUUUGUUGGCCAUGAUAUGGAAGGGAACAGAAUGGAAAUUAUUGAACUGGAGAAUCACCCAUAUUUUGUGGGAGUUCAGUUCCACCCAGAGUUUUCCUCAAGACCUAUGAAACCUUCACCUCCAUACCUGGGACUGCUGCUAGCAGCAACUGGGACACUCAAUGCAUACCUGCAACGUGGGUGUAAAUUGUCUCCAAGUGACAGCUACAGUGACCUGAGCGAUGACAGCUCUCCAGAAAAAGAGUUUCCUAAUUCAGAAACAAGCUGAAGUGAAGCGGAAAUGGAUGAUGAUAUUGAG